AUGCUGGCAGCUGCCUUUGCCAACUCCAACUCCAGCACCAUGAACGUGUCCUUUGCUCACCUCCACUUUGCUGGAGGGUACCUGCCUUUGGACUCCAAGGACUGGAGGACCGUCAUCCCCGCUCUCCUGGUGGCUGUCUGCCUGGUGGGCUUCCUGGGAAACCUGUGUGUGAUUGGCAUACUGCUUCACAGUGCUCGGAAAGGCAAGCCAUCCAUGAUCCACUCCCUGAUUCUCAAUCUCAGCCUGGCUGACCUCUCCCUCCUCCUGUUUUCUGCACCCGUCCGAGCUACAGCGUACUCCAAAGGUGUUUGGGAUCUAGGCUGGUUUGUCUGCAAGUCCUCUGACUGGUUCAUCCACACGUGCCUGGCAGCCAAGAGUCUGACGAUCGUUGCUGUGGCCAAAGUAUGUUUCAUGUAUGCGAAUGACCCAGCCAAGCAAGUAGGUAACUACAGGCGCACCUUGUGCUGGGUGCUCGUGGCCAUCUGGACCGUGGCUGGGCUGCUGCCCCUGCCAGAAUGGUUCUUUAGCACCACCAGGAAUCACGCAGGUGUGGAGAUGUGUCUCGUGGAUGUCCCAGCUGUGGCCGAAGUGUUCGUGUCAAUGUUUGGGAAGCUCUAUCCUCUGCUGGUGUUUUGCCUUCCGUUACUCUUUGCCAGUUUUUAUUUCUGGAGAGCUUAUGGUCAAUGUAAAAAAAAAGGAACUAAGACUCACAAUCUUAGAAACCAGAUGCGCUCCAAGCAACUCACAACGAUGCUGUUGAGCAUUGCCGUCACCUCUGCUCUCCUGUGGCUCCCUGAGUGGAUAGCUUGGCUCUGGGUUUGGCAUCUGAAGGCGGGGGGCCCGACCCCACCCCAAGGCUUCAUAGCACUGUCUCAAGUCCUCGUGUUUUCCAUGUCGUCAGCAAACCCUCUGAUUUUUCUAAUGAUGUCCGAGGAGUUUAAGGCAGGCUUAAAAGGCUUAUGGAAAUGGACGGUAACUACAAAAUCUCCAAUUGUCUCCGAGUCUCAGGAACUCACAGCCGGUAACCCACAGGUCCUUCCUGACGAGGUCCCAUCUCUGGAGUCCCAGAUAUCCACUCCAGGGAAAGAGAAGACUGGUUCUCCCUCCUCCGGAAGAGAGAAAACAGAGAAGGCAGAGAUCCCCACCCUCCCUGAUGUAGAGCAGUUCUGGCACGAGAGGGACACAGUUCCUUCUGAACAAGACAACGAUCCUGUCCCCUGGGAACAUGAAGAUCAAGAGACAGGGGAUUGCGAUAAACAGAUUUCAAUGUCAAAGCAAAAAUGA